AUGAACGAGGCUGACAGGAGCAUCCAUCACAAGAGGACUGCAGCCAUAUUCACAAGGGAAGCCCCAGCAGGAUCUGUCAUCCAGCCUGCAGACUGCCCUCCUCUGGUGGUUUGGUGUGACAUGGGUACUGAAGGCAAGGGUUGGAUCAUCAUCCAGAGAAAUUCUCACAACUCUGAGAUCUCUUGUAGGUGGUCUAGGACUCCCAAGUAUGGCUUUGGGAACGUGGAGAAGGAUUACUGGAUGGGCACCAAAUACCUGCACCUGCUGACAAGGCAAAGCACCUACAAGGUCCAUUUCAUUGUAGAGAAUAAAGCCAACAAAACCCACUAUGCAGAGUUUGACAUCUUCAGCGUGGAAGACAAACCCAGUGGGCAUCCACUGUGGCUGGGCAGGUUCACUGGAGAGGGCGAAGACUAUCUCACUAACUACCACUCUGGCUAUGGGGGCAUGCACCACAACACAAAGUUUAGCACAACAGACAAGGAUCAGGGCCAGGCUAGUGGGAAUAGUGAAAGUAGCUAUGGAGGUUGGUGGUACAAGUGUCAAAAUACCCUAUAUCUAUUGGGUAGGCUUCUGUGGCAGUGGGGAGUCAUAUCUUCCCUUAUUCUGAUCAAGCCCAUGGAUGUGUGCUGACCUUGCUGAAGCAGCCCAGCUUCCCCAAGAGCCUGCACUUUCAAGCUGGGGAGAAGAUAUUAGAUAUGGAGCUUGGCCCCCCAGAGAGUUAACAUAAUCCCACUGUUGUGUCUGUUUUGAUCACUCCAUUCAUAGCCUAUCUUGGUUUCCACAAGGUACGAAUGCUCGUCAUACCUAUGUGCUCUCAUAGCAUUGUCAAUGUGACUGGUAUGUGCCUUCAAACCAUCCUUCAAGUGCCCCACAUCAGCAAUGAUACCCCUCAUCAAACCUGACAACCAAAUUAAUUUUGCUCUUCGCAACCCCGCUGCUUUCCUUCUGCUGUAUAGAAAAUGCUGUUCAGCAUUCACACGGGCAAUGGUUAAAAAAUUGGGACUUCAUAGUUCAGUCCCUAUGGAUAUUAAGGGGUGGUUGAGUUAGAAUUUAGAAUAUUUUUUAAACAUCUCAUGUAUGUAUUGCAAAACAUUACAUUGAUAGCUAAUUGUUGAUAUAAGCUUGUCAUUAAGUCCCAAAGGUGCAAAAUUACUGCAGUCUAAUCACCAGAGCCAUUGACUCUGGCACCAAGCACACAUCUUUG